AUGCCCCACCAAGAACAAGUGAUGGUUCACGGGAACCUCUGCGCGGGUCCUCCAAACAACGCCGGGUACAACAGCAACCCGGUGCAUUUUCUUAUUCCAUAUGUCCUAAUGGCUGUAUUUGGUGGGGUGCCACUUUUCUAUAUGGAGUUAGCUCUAGGACAGUUCCACAGAACAGGUGCCAUAUCCAUAUGGAAACAUAUUUGCCCUAUUUUCAAAGGUAUUGGUUUCGCCAUCUGCAUCAUUGCACUGUAUGUGUCCUUCUACUAUAACACCAUCAUCGCCUGGGCUCUGUUCUACUUCUACUCCUCCUUCAGCAGCACUCUGCCCUGGACCAGCUGUGAUAAUGCCUGGAACACAGAAAACUGCACUAACUACUUCGGAAAAGACAACGUGACCUGGACUAACUACUCACGCUCACCUGCCGAAGAGUUUUACACGAGGAAUGUCCUAGCAGUCCAUGAAUCAUCUGGGCUUGGGGAUGUGGGAUACAUUCGCUGGCAGCUCAUGCUUUGCCUCUUCCUCAUCUUCACCAUCGUCUACUUCAGCCUGUGGAAAGGAGUCAAGACUUCAGGAAAGGUAGUAUGGGUGACUGCCACCCUGCCGUAUGUGGUGCUGUUGAUUCUUAUGAUCCGUGGUGCAACUUUGCCAGGAGCGUGGAAAGGAGUGGUGUUCUACCUCAAUCCCAAAUGGGAGAAACUGAAGGAGACCAGCGUAUGGGUAGAUGCAGCUGCGCAGAUCUUCUUCUCUCUUGGUCCUGGUUUUGGUGUUCUGCUUGCCCUGUCCAGCUACAAUCCCUUCAACAAUAACUGCUACAGAGAUGCUAUUGUAACCAGUCUGGUGAACUGCCUGACAAGUUUUGUGUCAGGAUUUGUUAUUUUCACUGUCCUGGGAUAUAUGGCUGAACAGAGAAAUGUAAACGUUGAGGAUGUAGCCAGGGACAAAGGACCCAGUCUGCUCUUCAUCACGUAUCCAGAAGCCAUAGCAAACAUGGUUGGGUCGACUUUCUUUGCCAUCAUCUUCUUUGUGAUGAUGAUUACUCUUGGACUGGACAGCACUUUCGGUGGGCUAGAGGCCAUCAUCACAGCUGUAAUGGACGAGUACCCAGAUACCCUGUCCCAUCGGAGAGAGCUGUUUGUUCUUGGACUGGUGGUUGUUUGCUUUCUGGGCUCUCUCAGCACCCUUACUAAUGUGAGUGGUGCAUAUGUGGUAAAAUUACUAGAAGAAUUUGGAGUUGGUUCUCCAAUUAUAGCUAUAGUCUUUCUGGAGGCCACAGCAGUAUCCUGGUUUUAUGGUAUUAACAGAUUCAGCAAUGAUAUCAAAUCAAUGUUGGGCUAUACUCCAGGACUCUUCUGGAAAGUGUGUUGGGUUGCUAUCAGCCCAGCUUUUCUUGCUUACAUUAUUAUCAGCUCACUGUUGAACCCUCAGCCCCUCACGCUAUUUGACUACGAGUUCCCAGACUGGAGCAUCACGGUCGGUUACAUCAUCGGAGCUUCCUCUUUCAUGUGGAUCCCCAUCUACAUGGUGUACAAGCUUGUGUGGACCCCAGGCUCUCUUAAACAGCGUCUUGCUGUAUGUCUGCGACCAGAGAGAACACUGCCAGACAUUCACACUGACAGCAUGGGGCUAAGCCCUAUACCAUAGACCACUGAGAGCAAAACAGCAAGACAUAACUCACAUAAAAAAGCCACAUAUAUUGAGUUACAUGUGUCCACAGCAAAAUAAGCAACUUUUGCAUAGGUUUAGGGAUUUGUCCAAUCAUAAUACAAAGAGUAAUACAAAUGAAAUAAAUACAAAAUGAAAUAUACAGAAUACAUAAAAUGAUAAAAUUUGAAAGUGAUGUACAAUUAGAUUUAAUCUGUAAAAUGAAAAAUGACAUUCAAUGUUAAUUAUAAUCGUUAAU